UUUCUUUUUAUCUUCUUCUCAUCAUCACCCACAGAAAGACAACUUCCAAACCCGAAUCCAAUUCGAUGCAGAUCUUCUCCACAUACCCUUGAUACCUCAACUCUCUCUCCUCCCAUCCCCGAGAAAUCCAAAAUCCCAGAUCCCUCGCUACAGAUCCAACGGUCCAGAUCAGAUCUCAAAACUCCCUUCCCCGUCGCUUCUGCACUCUUAAAUAAGAAGAAGACGACGACGGCGAACGAAUGAACCCCAGAAGAGGAAAAAACAAAGAAAAUCCCGCUCGAAUACGAGAUCGCCUUUUGUACUCGGGCCUCUGACGGGAAGAGAAUGGAAAGGUUUCAGGUCAGACGGUUCUCAGACUCGCGUAUUCGUGGCAAUUUUCGCUGUCAAUACACGCGGGUGGUAUUUAUUUUGCCGUCGUGAUGAAUAGACUGAAUUGCUGAUACAUGCUGGAAUAGGAUAUAAUUGCGCAUGGUAUCAAUUACCAGAAAGAAAUUGCUUAUAGCAUCAGGACAGCAGUGCUAUAACUACACUUUCAAUCUUUCCAAACUCAUGUAAAUCAUGAAACUAGAUAGUGAAGCUGCAUAUUGUCAUUCUUCUCUGGCUCACGAACCAGCGCCCAGGACCAUUGAAUAUGAUGCUGACAAGACUGAAGAGACUGGACCAUUGAAGGCAGACUAUGAGGCUAUAAGAGAAGGAAAGCAUGUAAAACAAUCUGUUCUGGAAAGCAAAAACUAUGAGAUGGACACAGAUCCAUUACCAUCUGAGAAGUGUGAUGGAGAUGGACCCAAGGCCAGACCAGGACCUUGCAACUAUAUGAUGGAAGAUUCAAUUUGUGAGAAUGCAAAUGAGAGCAGAGAUAAAAUUGCAUCAGAUUCUAUUCCUACCAGUGAUGGAGAUGGACACAAGGCCUCACCAGGAACCCAGGAUUAUAUGGACAUGGAAGAUUCAAUUUUAGGGACCACAAAUGAGAGCGGAGAUAAAAAUGCCUCAUAUUCUAAUUCAUCUGGUGAAGUUGGGUUGUCUGAAAAGGAUGCAGAUUUAUAUACUGAUAAGACUGUCACAGAAAUUGAACUUUCAGAACUGAUGGUUUAUUCCAAAGACAAUGUCGUCAAGGACAUCUGCAUCGAUGAUGGAAUACCUACCAUGGACAAAGUUUUGGUAGAAAAUGAUGAGGUGGGCCAGAAGAGAGUUGGAUUUCUGCAAUCAGAAUUAGCUGAAAAUGUUGAUAUGACCGAAGAAAUGGAGGACAGUGGCGGACCCGUUGCAGAUGGUUCGAAAUCACUUGUCUUCAAGGGGCAGCUUAUUUCUAGCGAGUAUGAGGAAGUUGCUGCUAAAAGCAGUACUGCAAGCUUGCGAGAGGAAGGUGGACAGAAUGUUGGUGCAACAGAAGAGAUUGUAAAUGCUACCACAGAUGUGAGGACACCAUCGGAAGAGUCGCUUUUGGUCACAGAAGAGGUUGUAAACGAAGAGUUGCUCUUGGUUCAAGAGCCAAGAAUGGGAACGCUGCAGGAUGAGUCUUCCAGUUGUGCUAGAAAUGAAGAUCAACAACCAUAUGAUCAGGGACAUGCUUUGAAUUCAAAUGAAUCCAUGGAUGUAAGAUCGCAGGAUGCGACUCAAGAGGCAACCUUAGCAUCACAUUCUUGCUCUGAAGCAUUCAGCAACAGCAGCAAUCUGAUAGAUUUAGCUACUGAUAGUAAGGUGGAAAGUGGAAGCAUCGCUAUGAAUUCCGAUCCUUUGCCAGCAGAAAUGAUUCGCAGCAGAGACGAGAACAAAGAAAAUGCAGAAUGUCAGCACUCAGGUCGGAGGUUAACUGCAUCUGUGCUCGAUGAUGGAGCACUGGAUAGCUUGACAGGUUCUACACGGAGUUUCUUUAUUCAACAUGGCCUCGGAGAAUCUAGUUUUUCUGCGACAGAUUUGGUCUCUGGUCCAAUAGCAUACUCAGGGGCGAUGCCAUGUUCUGGUAGCAUCUCAUUUCGAUCAGAUAGCAGUACAACAAGCACACGUUCCUUUGCUUUCCCAAUAUUACAUUCAGAGUGGAAUAGCAGUCCAGUAAAAAUGGCAAAGGCCGACCGGAGGCAUUUACGAAAGCACCGUGGUUGGAAGGUGGCUCUAUGCUGUAGAUUCUGAAUGCUGCUCUUUACUUACAUUCCAGUCUUCCCUCCACACACAUCGUCAAAAUUUUUAUAUUUCGAUGUCAAUUUUCUCAUAAGCAUUUCAUCUUCAGCGCCGCCCAUGUGUGCAUUGUGUGAUAGAUCAAAAGAGUAGAGUCCCUAUGGUUUGAAGCAUGGAAAGUAUAUAUAUAAGCUAGUUAUUGCCAUUAUACUCUGAAAUUCUUUUUCUUUUAUCCACAUUUUUUAUUCUAUUAUAAAUCCUUGUAUUUAUUUGUUGGGUAUGUGAGUAAUAAUAUUAUAUUUGCGACGAGCAAGUAAUUUCA